GGGACACAGCGGCUACAGCGGAGGCGGAGGAACCACGGCGCUUUCCCCAAACUAGCAGAAUACUUUUCCAAACUGUGGAAUUUCAUCCUUCUUUCGCUGAAAAAAGAACUGUCUGGAUAUACUGUUUUGUAAGGAAUAACCCGUUUUCCCCGUGUAAAGUGACGUGACUGCAUCUAGGGUCCCCAUGCCCUCACCUGUUGUCACUGCUUGGCCUGCUGAGCCCACAGUUGGGCCUCCUCUGAGCCGCAGCUGAAGCAGGAAAAUAGGGACUGGACGGUGGUCUCCGAGCCAGCGGCGGUGGAGGUGGGCCGUCACAGGGCCCAGAACCCUGCACUGUUCCCUGCCACAUGAAGAUGAACAGACUGAACUUCCAUAACAACAAAACAAUGCAGGACCGCCGCUGUGUCUGUGUCUUUUUGCCCAAUGAUGACACUCUCAAUAUCAUCGUCAAUGUGAAGACUUUGUGCCAGGAACUGUUGGUCCAGGUUUGUGACCUCCUCCGGUUGAAGGACUGUCACCUUUUUGGGCUCAGCGUCAUUCAGAAUAAUGAACACAUCUAUAUGGAGUUAGACCAGAAGCUGUCCAAAUACUGCCCCAAAGAGUGGAAGAGAGAAGCCAGCAAGGGUAUCGACCAGUUUGGGCCUCCAAUGAUCAUUCACUUCAGAGCUCAGUAUUAUGUGGAAAAUGGGAGAUUGAUCAGCGACCGAGUAGCCAGGUACUACUACUACUGGCACCUUAGGAAGCAGGUGCUGCUCUCACAGUGCAUCCAAAGAGAGGAGGCCUACUUCCUCCUGGCAGCCUUCGCUCUCCAGGCUGACCUCGGGAAUUUUAAACGCAACAAGCACUUUGGGAAGUACUUUGAACCCGAAGCCUACUUCCCCCAGUGGGUGAUAGCCAAGCGUGGCCGGGAAUACAUCCUGAGGCAUAUCCCCAACAUGCACAAAGACCAGUUUGCACUCACGGCUUCAGAGGCACACCUCAAGUUUAUUAAAGAGUGCGCUCAGCUCGACGAUGUCACGGUGCACUACUACAGGCUGUACAAGGAUAAAAAAGAAGUUGAAGCGUCUCUCACAUUGGGCCUGACCUUACGUGGAAUCCAGAUAUUUCAGAACGUUGGCUCUGUGAGGCAGCUUUUGUACGACUUCCCCUGGACCAAUGUGGGAAAACUCGUUUUUGUGGGGAAAAAGUUUGAAAUCCUUCCUGACGGUCUGCCGUCAGCUCGUAAACUCAUCUACUACACAGGCUGCCCCGUGCGCUCUCGCCACCUCCUGCAGCUGCUCAGCAACAGCCAUCGGCUCUACAUGAACCUGCAGCCUGUUCUCAAACAAGUGCGUCGGCUGGAGGAAAAUGAAGAGAAGAAGCAGUACCGGGAGUCGUACAUCAGCGAUGCUCUCGAUCUGGACAUGGAUCAGCUGGACAAGCGUUCCCAGGCCAGCGGCAGCAGCGCGGGUAGCAUGUCUCACCACAAACGUCUGUCCCGCCACUCGACAACCAGCCACGGCAGCUCACACACGUCUGGCAUUGAAACAGACAGCUUCAGGGCCCCUGGUCAGGCCCCUCACAGGCCCCUACGAACCUGCAGCUCAUCCACGACCAGCCACGGGAGCUCCCACACCUCUGGCAUUGAAAGCAGUGGCAAAGAGCGCAUCCUGGAUGAUGAUGAGAUUGAAAUGCUGGUAGAUGACCCCAAAGACUAUGAAGAGCUUCACGAGAUGGCUUUGGAUCAAGAAUUGUGCAUCCACAUCACCGAGGACAUGCUGACAAUGUCACCAGAUCAGUCCAAUGGAUAUUCAGGUCUGAUAGUGAAAGACAUUAGUUCCUCCACUUCCAGCUCCUCAGAAACUGUUGUCAAGAUGAGAGGACAGAGCAUUGAGUCGCUGCCGCAGACAACUUCAAGCCGGAAACCUCAGUCCUCCACGGACCGCCACAGCCAAUCACUAGACGACAUCCGGCUCUACCAGAAGGACUGCCAGCAGUGGGCGGAUCUCUGCCAGGACACCGCCCACAGCUACACCUUCGGCUGCGGCCAGGAGCUGAACGACAGCGAGGGACACCAGGGCCUGUCCGAUCAGCGCGCCGCCGUGCUCAGCGAGCAGCAGCCCUUCCCAAUCAAGAGGACGAACAAGUACUUCUCCCUGGACCUGACCAAUGACGAGGUGCCUGAGUUCGUGGUGUGACAGUGACAGACAAGGCCGACGCGUUUGAUCCACUGGGCCAGGCGUGGAGACCUUUCAGGGUUCAGGGAACGAGAAGAGAGAGAAGAGUUUCAGAGGUGGUCAGUUAGCAGUAGCCCUGAGCAAACUGGCAAUAAGAAGGUUCGCCCUUCAUACACUACCUGAGACUGACUUGCAGACAAGGAGGAUUAUGGCUGAAAUGUGAUAUUAGAAUAAAGAACAAAGGGCUGAAGGGAGCUGGUUUUUAAGAUUUAGCCCAGACGGCUCAAAGGUAAUAAAAGGGAUCCUGCCAUCUUUAUUUUUAUUCAGUUUUCAGCAGCUUUACAAACUCAUACCAAGACUGGCAUCAUAAAGAGACUUUCUGUGGAGAAACAGUAGAUGAACGCCAUCUGAGCAGAAGCCAAAAACAUCAAGCGGUGAUGAACUAGAAGGCUUCUCCUGCAACACUUUGAAGCUACCGGAACCGAACUGAUGUGAACACAGCACCGCCGUGCCUUCGUAACACAGUGCAGGUGUCAGAUCGCUCGUCUUGACAAUCACGUCCCCUCACCUCACUCAACGCCUAACAUUCAAAGCUCAGCAACCUUUUAAACAUUUCAUACACAUUUAUUUCAACAAAUCAUUUCCUAGCUGGCUCUUUAACUUCUACAUACGAUGUUGAUUUCAAAUUUUCUUUAUUCCUCUUGUGAAAUUUCGCCGAGUUUCCACGCAGGAAUGAGCCUGACUGAGCUCCUACAUGUUCCUACACGAGUCGAGUUUGUGGCCAAAAUACAAUUCAGUGUAAUCCGGAGUCAAAGUGCAGCUGUCAGCCAAAAACAAACCUUGCAUGUCUUUCUUUACACUUCUAUCCUCCUAUCAGUGAGGAUUUUCUUUGUAACUGGAAUCUGUUCAUUUUACAUCCUCCAACCAGAAAACAAACAUUUUUUUAGAUGUAUUUUUAUAUAAAAAUGUUGUGUAUGUUCAGAUAUUAUUAAUAUGCGCGUGGCUGCUCUUAUUCAGUAUUAUGAACAAAUGUCUGUGGCAGUGUUAAGGAUGUGGAGCUACUAACCAGGGUAACUGGUUUUAUCAUCUAAAUCUCCCAGUAGGAGUCCAGACAACCUGAGGAUGUGGUGUUACAGACUGUUAGUUAUUACAGCUGACAUGUUAAUACAGUGCAGGUGGGUAAACAUGGAGCACUGUUACAGAUUAAAAGAAUACGUUUUAAUUGGCUUUAAUGUAACCUUUUUAUCCCUUUCACUGUUUUUAGAGCAACAGAAUGCAAUUUAACUCUUGAAAAGUUCCACAAAAGGGAUUUCUUAAGAAAUAGAAGACUGAACAACAUACAUUAUAACAGCUUUGUUAUAAUAUAAGGCAACGUCUCUGAAAUGCAACAGAACAAAACCCGUCCUAACCAGGCAUGGUUCAGUAUGAGAUUCUCUCGGGGAGAUAAAAACCAAGGUUUAACACUUAUAUUUUAAACCAUAAUAUAUACCACGUUCUAACAGAUUUUCUAACAGAAAGGCAACAUUUAGAACAAAAUAGGAUAUUGAUUUUUGCAGAUUUAACAGUGUUAUCUGUAACAUCCAGUUAUUGUUAUUAACCCUAAAGGGACAUGAAGUUCUGUUAACAUUUUAUAGGCAGGGUGUAUCUUACCCGAAGUAGACAAAUUUUGGCAUCUUCAUUUUGUGUAAGUCUGGAUCAGUUGGUCCUGGAGGCUCAAGCUAGCGGCUAGUCCUAGAGAACCCAAGGCCAAAGCGGUUAAUGCAAAUUCCACUUUAUGAGUCUUUACAUCGCUGUCAGGUUUGCAUUGGUUGGUUUGCAUUGGUUGGUUAUUUACAAAGAAGCUGAUGGUGAUUUACUCAGGAAAUGGAGGUAGGAGGCAGUGUGUCACCAAUAAUAUUCCUGUGUGAAACACUAACAGACAAUGAAACAUACAGUAGAAAGCAUAUAGCUGUCGUCAGUUACCCUGACGAGGAGUGCUUUAUGUUCUGAUCUCUGUAUGUGUUUUAAGGAGGACGAUCACUGCUGACACACCACUUCUAACCUUCAUUUUCUUCUUUUGUUAUUACAAACGUGAGAAUGGUUCCAACCCUCAUGAAAUUAAGUUUGCAUGAACCACAGUGUGCCAUUUUUAAGACGAGUUGCUUUAAGACAGUGGAAGUCAGCUUAGGGCUUCGCCCCUUUGACUAGUCAUUAGCUUGAGCCUCAUGCAGGGUUAUGAUAAAUCAUUUGGAUUUAUCAUAACCCUGCAUUCAGUUAGUCUCUGAACUCGAACCUGAGAAUCACUUCACAUCCAAGUUUAGCUCGUUUUAGUUAUAAGUCCAACAAAAAGAAAACUAUGUUGUUAAUUUGCAGCUAACUUAUCAUUUAUCAUCACAACGCUGUGUUAAUAAAAUGUGCAGCAUUAGAGUUGCUAAUAAUUUAAAACAGGAACUGUCACUACAGUCUAUAUAUGCGACGGCCAUACUGGAUACCAAGCUCUGGGCUGCUUAGCAAGCAGGAAAGGAAGAAUUAUCUCUUCUCGCGGAGCUCUUGUUGUAUUUCUGGCAGAAAUGUCGGAAAAUCUGCCUUUCAAAUUAAAAAGAACACACCAUAUACAGUAUAUGUAAAUGCCAAAGGAGUUAUCUUCUGCAGAAAAGAUAAAAACAGCUUCUAACCUUUAAACAGAACCUAUCUUAAAAAAUCCUGAGCUUUUCCUUUAAGUAAAUGUAGAAAACAACACCCACGACAAAUUCUCUUUGCACAAAAUAUUUGAACUUUUUGUCCUUCUACUUUUUUCGGAUGUAACACAAUCAUAACAAGCUGAUAUUAGCUGGUUAAACGGGCCAUUUACGUGGCUGCCCGGCCUGCAGUCGGCUGCGUAACCAAUCAGAGAUCCUGCUUGUAGCUUGAUAACCGUAGUUUUAAAACAGUGUUAUAGGGUGAUGGGGGGGAUCUGGGCUUUUUGUGACAAGUUUAUUUCCACACUGUUAACUUUGAACUUUUCUUGGAAGUAAGCGAAAUAAGUUGCAGCUUUCGUUCAGCCAGCUGACCAGCAGUGUUCAAUAAAAGGUGGGGGAGGGGCAACACUGUUAAUUCUAUUCUCUAUACAGCCAGAGAAAACUUCAGACUCCCAGGUAUUUUAUUUGAGAUUGUGAUAAAAGAAGUUUAACCGUAGGAAUGGUGUGAAAGAAAAUUGUAACAGCUUCUUUUUAAAACCUUGGCCUAUCUCCAGCUGACCCAUGGCCAGGAUUAUCUAACCUUUGAGUCUGCCACUGAAGGAUAAACUCAAGACAGGAGACAAUUAACAAGCCACUAACCAGAAGUGAUAACUUUCUAUCAGCUCUUGUAAAGCUCCUUGUGUCUGUUUUCCCCUCCUUCCCUCCACACCAAUACUGGAUCAUUUCCCAACGUAUCACCAAAGCCUGUUUACAUCUACAUCAUUAGCAGAUCCUUUCAAGUAUUAUAGAGACAAGCUAAAAAUGACAGAGGCUCUGCUCACCAGUCCCACUUUACCAUGAAAUGUGCUCAGGAACUGACAGGACCAAGAUCGCUCCAACGGCUUAAUAUACAUGUUUUAUCCUUAAUGGUUUCAUCUGUAUGCAUAUCUUUACUCUAACACCCUUUAUAAUCUUUAAAUACUCUUAGUAAAUGUGCGCAUUUUGUAAGACUGAGUGUUCUGGUUGGUGGAUUUUUGCUUUCAAGAUGUUUCGCCAUGUUUUCAGCCUCUAUGCUAAGAUAUGCUAACAAACACAUUUAUCUUAUGGACUGAAGUGCUCUCAAACCUCUGAUUUCAUCAUAAAGUCAUUUCUCAAAAUGUCAGAACUUUCCUAAAAUAUUACCAUAGAUCAGAUUAUUUUAGGAUUAAAGUUUUGCUUUUGUUUUGAUUUUUUGCUUGGCUGACAUUUAAGAUCCACGUCAUUGCCUUAAAUGUCAGCAAUAAACUAAUAAAUCCUCAUAUUUGCCAAACCUAAUUAUAGUCAUAUAAGACAUUGCUUCUCUCUACAUCUUACCAGUUCAGUUUGAGGUACAUCUCUAAUAAAAUACUUUCCUUAAAUGAUGGAUAAUGCUAUGAAAUCAAAAGGAAUAUCUAUAUUUCCUCCUGUGUUUUAGAACUGGUAUAAACAUGCAUUGAAGGUGUCAAAGUCAGUUUUUGAUCAGCAGCAAGGAUUUAUUUAAUUAAACACAAAUGUUGAGGUACACAGCCAUGCAGGCGUAACCCUGCCCUUGAGAGGUUUCAUAAUGAUUUACUUCUCCGGCUUUAGUGAAUGGUCCUACUUACGCUUUGUCUGUGUGUCCCAUAAUCCUUUCUGUGAAAGGUUCUUUCUGCAGGAAAAGAAGAGAUUUCUUUGUCACCCUACUGGUAAAAAUGAUUUGUUAUGAGUCUGCUCCGUGCCUUUUUGGUACUAAUGUUCCUCACAUAUAAUAAACAGGUACAUUUAUCAUA